AUGACAGCAGAGGUAGGACGAAGGAGAGCACUGGCUAGACUAAAUCUGGGGAGUGCAAGUGCCCCAAUUUACAAUGAAAAAUCUCGUGCUUCACAGUCAAAACGAUCAAACCAAACUGCGAACCAAAAUAAUGACACUCCACUCAAUGGAAACAAGAGACGAAAAGUUAAUGAAAAGUCGAAGGAAGACAAGCUAGCGAGUAUUUUGCUAGAUUUCGACCUAGCUAUCAAUGAAUUAUACCAUCUAUCGGAGUAUAAAUCGAUAAUAACUUGGGUGCCAGCUGAAUUUUCAAAGAUCGUGAACAAGUCAGUCCCAGAAUCAUUUGCAAAAUUUUGUGAAUCUGGCCAUUAUAAUUUGAAAUGGGACAAAGAUGUUGAGAAUGAUGAGGAAUUAAAGGCACUUCCAUUCCGAUUUCAGAAAAAGAAGCUUUCAGAGAGGGAAGCUUUGUUAAAUAAUAAAUUCCCCUUCCGUGAACAAACUAUUGAAAAGUAUCAACGAAUGGAGAAGGAAGUCUUCUCAAAACUAGAUCAGGAAAGUUCAAUAUCACAUUCCAAUAAAUCCAAAAUAAGGCCUUCCAAUAAAUCAAAAGAAUCGAUAAAGAAGGAUGUUCAAAAAGCACGACCUCAAGUAAAGAUUUCAAAGCAAACCAAAGAUCGAAAUAGUCAUGAAGAUAAGAUUGAAGAACUGAAUAAAAUCACAAAUGAAGUUGAUAUCGGUGACGACGAACUUGAUGAGCAGCUUGAUGUUGUACCACAUUCAUUCAAUAAAAGAAUAAAGCAAGUUUCUCGAAGUUUGCCCAAGCUACUCAUAACACACCCAUCUCACGUACCUGGUUGGGUUCCACAAACAGAAAACGACUUGCUGAUGAACAAAAUAAAAGAAGAGAGUGAGAUUUUGGAAUUUGAGCCUGAAUCUAUUAAGGUAGAGCAAACACGAGAUGAAGAAAUAGUGGCUCCCAAUUUAACAACAAGGCUACAAAACUUUUUGGAAAAUUAUUGUAAGACUCCGAUUAUUGACGAACUGAAUGCUCCAGAUUUCAAGUUCACGAAGGAAGAGUUUGAGUCUAUUAAUUCACAACAGAUAGAGAUGUUCAAAACAAUUUGGCACAAGAUCAACAUUGACAACACGUUAGAAUUUAACGCAAACAAAAUCGAAAGAAGAAAAGUCAUAAUACCACCCGUUUCCAAUGUCAAGUUGAAUGAUCCAUUCAGGAAUACAUCCUCAGUGGUUCCAAAGAUGCAAGGCUCCAAUAAUGAUCUAACCUACCAGGACCACCUUUUGACACAGGGAAUGGCCUUUUCGCGUAUUCAUCAUCAGAUGAGAAGGCAGCAUUUGAAUCGUGCUAGAAAAGUUGCUUCCAUUGUGGAUCAACAUUUCAAAAAGAAAAAAGGUGAAAAAGAACGACUCUUGAAAGAGCGGGAACAAAACUUGAAAAAGAUGAGUAGAGUUGCUAUGCAGGCUGUCAAAAAGAGAUGGAAUGACGCUUUUAAAGUAUAUCUGAUCAUCCAAACUGCAAAGGAAGAGGAGCUUAAAAAGGUAAAGGGCCGAGAACAUUUAAGUCAAAUGUUACAACACUCAACUCAGCUUCUUGAAGCACAACUAACCUCAUCUAAAGAAGCAACUGCUGAAUGUGAGAGUAUAAUAGGUGAAGACGAUGAUAUGGAGAUGAACGACUCAGGUGAUUCCGACAAUUUCACUUCAAGUUCGGACGACAACGACGACAACGACGACGGCAACGACGAUGAGACCGAGAGUAAGGAAGGAAGCAACGGACUGACUGUUCAAGUUGACCCCGAUAGUAAUCUAUCCGUUGAAGAGUUGAGGAGGAAAUACGCAAAUAUCGAAAGCUCUGUUGAGCCAACCUCUGAAGCUAAUUCAAGUGUUCCCGAUAAAGACGAAGGGGUGCUGGAAAGCGGAGAAGAAAGUGAGGAGGAAAGCUUUGACGAGACUGGUGGUCUCAUGUCCCUAUAUGGUGAAGGUGAGGUUAAACCAUUAAAAAAUGGGAUACACAAUGAUUUGCAGGCGUCUGAUGACUAUUUGAAGAUCAUAAGCGAGCUGGACCUUGAUAAGAACCAACUUUUGGACUCCGAUGAGAGCAGUCCUAUUUCUGGAUCGAGUUCGGACAGUGAGUCUUCAGCGGAGUCAGUGGUUGAAAACGGAGGUAUUUCUCAUUCGGAGUCAGAGCCGGAAUUGCCUAACGGGACUCCACUAGCAAAUCUUUAUGCCAGCAAAACUAGCGAGGCUGAGGAUUCUGAUGAUGGAGACGUCCGUAGCUUUAGUGAAGAAAGUGAUGAUGAGUUGCUGCAAUCCGAAGAUGAAACUCAAUUAGCUGAAACUAGCCAGGGCGUGGGUCACGUAGAUCGUGUUUCAAAAGAUGACGGGGAUGAAGGUACAGAAAUAGUAAAUGGCUCAAGAGUGAGAGAUGUUGAAGUGCCGUCCCUACUUCGUGGAACACUAAGACCUUAUCAAAAGCAAGGUCUCAACUGGUUGGCCAGUCUCUAUAACAACAAUACAAACGGAAUAUUGGCAGACGAGAUGGGUUUAGGAAAAACAAUUCAAACAAUUUCAUUAUUGUCUUAUUUGGCUUGUGAGCAUCACGUUUGGGGCCCUCAUUUAAUCAUUGUUCCUACUUCAGUAAUGUUGAACUGGGAUAUGGAAUUUAAAAAAUUUGCACCUGGAUUCAAGGUUUUAACAUACUACGGCUCACCACAACAGAGGGCGCAAAAGAGAAAAGGGUGGAACAAGCCUGAUGCGUUUCAUGUUUGCAUAACUUCGUAUCAAUUAGUGGUACAGGACCAGCAAGCCUUCAAAAGAAGAAGAUGGAGAUAUAUGAUCUUGGACGAAGCACACAACAUUAAAAACUUUAGAUCCACCCGAUGGAAAGCGCUACUCAACUUCAAUACAGAAAAUAGAUUGUUACUCACAGGUACACCAUUACAAAACAAUUUGAUUGAGUUAUGGUCGUUGUUGUACUUUUUAAUGCCUUCUUCAAAAGCCAAUUUAUCAAUGCCCGAUGGCUUUUCAAACCUAGAGGAUUUCCAGCAAUGGUUUGGUAAGCCUGUUGACAAGAUUCUAGAGCAAACUACAUUGGGUAAUAAUUCUGAUUUGAUUGACGAGAAUGAGAAAACUACACUGAAAAUGGAUGAGGAGACGAAAAAUACGGUGUCGAGGUUACAUCAAGUUUUGCGGCCAUAUAUUUUAAGAAGAUUGAAGAAGGAUGUGGAAAAGCAAAUGCCGGGAAAGUAUGAGCAUAUUGUAUACUGCCGGCUUUCCAAAAGACAAAGGUACUUGUAUGACGAUUUCAUGUCUCGUGCUAAAACAAAAGAAACAUUGGCUUCAGGUAACUUCUUGUCCAUCAUUAAUUGUUUGAUGCAGUUGAGAAAGGUUUGUAACCAUCCUGACUUGUUUGAGGUUAGGCCAAUAGUGACAUCCUUUUCCAUGCCUAGAUCAGUUUCAUCAUCUUUUCAGUACUUGAAUGGAUUGAUUAAAGGCAUGACUGAUGAUUCAAAGGACAUGGUUGAUUUUAAUGUACUUAAUUUGAAUGUCACCAGCAACAAUCACUUGAACCAUUUUGUAUCAGAGUCAACAUCACGUUUACAAUCACUGGCCCAACUACAAGGACAGAUUGCACAAUUGGACAAGAUGAUAAGUGGGGUGGAAAACACAUUCACGGAUUUUGUUUCCUGUUUCCAGGAUUUAAAAAGUCAGGAGCAAAUCGAGCUAAGGGACAAGCUUCUGCAUAUACUCUACCUCAAUACCUUGAGAUGCGAAAAGAGAUCAAUCUACAGUGACUCGUUGCUACGCUUUUUGACUAUAAAGGGAAAUGACAAUAAAGAACCACCAUUUGACAAAUUUUGUUUAUCCGUCACUGACAGAGCCAAUGCAUUGUCGGAAGAAAUUGAAAAGUAUUCUAUAGUUACACCUGCAGCAGUGGCAUUGGAUAUGAAAGAUCAACUUAUUCCUAAAUCAAUACAAUACAAGGUCAAGCCGGAAGUUAUGGAUGGUAAGAUCACCAACCCUUUCCAUCAGUCACAAGUAAAGUUGUCAAUAGCAUUCCCUGAUAAAACAUUGUUGCAAUUCGAUUGUGGAAAACUCCAAAAGUUGGCACAGUUGUUGAGAACCUUGACUGCGGAAGGUCACCGAGCUUUAAUUUUCACGCAAAUGACAAAGGUUCUUGACAUUUUGGAGCAAUUUUUGAAUAUACAUGGCUACCGCUAUAUGAGAUUGGAUGGUGCUACGAAAAUUGAGGACAGGCAGUUGUUGACAGAAAAGUUCAACAGAGACCCUAAAAUUCCCGUCUUUAUAUUAUCAACAAGGUCUGGUGGGUUGGGUAUCAAUUUGACAGGUGCCGAUACGGUUAUUUUUUACGACUCAGACUGGAACCCUGCCAUGGAUAAGCAGUGUCAAGAUCGAUGCCAUCGUAUAGGACAAGUUAGGGAUGUUCAUAUUUACCGAUUUGUGUCCGAGUCCACCAUCGAAUCCAACAUCAUCAAAAAAGCUAACCAAAAACGACAAUUGGACAAUGUUGUUAUACAAGAAGGUGAAUUCACAACUGAUUAUCUUGGUCAAUUUUCAGUUCGCGAUUUAGUCAAUGAUCCAAACAUUUCAGAAACCACAAAGGAAAUAGCCGAUCGAACUAUUGAUUUUUCUGGUGACACGAAAAUGAGCAAUGCCUUUGCACAAGCUGAGGAUGAAGAGGAUAGAGUAGCUGCUGGUGCAGCUUUGAAAGAGGUUGCUGUCGACGAUGAGGAUUUUACUGACGAAAACAAGACACAAUCUAAUGGCUCCGCUGGUCCCACAUCAAUAAUAAAGGGAUUGGAUGCGGAUGACGAUAUCCCCGAUGACAUUGAUUACGAAGAAGGUGUGGGUCAUAUUGAUGAGUACAUGUUGCGCUUUAUCUCCGACGGAUACUACUGA